AUGCCAGCCAGCGCUCCACCAAGCCCAACACUGGAGCUGCACGCUUGUUGCUUUGAGAAAUGCAGCGUACGCCAGCACUUCAAAGCAGAGAGAGCUUCCUGUGAAGAACUUCGAGGGAGCCAGAGGGGUUGCAACAAUGUGGACCUGUCGGUAUGCAAAUACACUGGGCCGUCAUGCUGUACGCGAAAAAUGGAGGAGAGCUACAGAGCAGCGGUCCUGAGAGACACCACCCAAAACAUCAGAUCAUACAGCUUUGAGCUGAAAUAUCUCAUUUCUAAACAUGCCACAGCCUUCCAGGAUAUGUUCCAGUCUCUGCUCUCCUUCUCUCAGAGUCACCUGACCUCUCUGUUCGAGAGCAUGUACACCUCCAUCUCAUCUUCCAUCACCACUCACAUCAUCUGCCUCUUCACUGACCUCUCCCGCUUCCUCCAUGGCACCGGCAAUGUCUCAGUGGAAACAGCUGUCCACUGUUUCUUUGACAAUCUCUUCCCAUUGGUACACACUCAUAUUGUCAAUCCCGGAAUGUCUGGGACUGUCAGCAUGGGCGCCUCUGACAGCAACCAGCUCGGUGACUGUCUACGCAUGACAAGGCAGGACGUUAACCCUUUUGGGACGCACCCCCGGUUGAUGGCUGAGGAGCUGGCGAACGCGUUUCGGGCAGGCCGGUUACUCAGCCUGGCAUUGGCCGUGGGGUCGGAGGUCAUGAACAUUACCGACACGGCAGAAUUGUCUAAGGAGUGUGCGCGCGCUCUGGUGCGUAUGCAUUACUGUUCUCACUGUCGCGGGCUUACCCUGAUCCGGGCGUGCAGCGGAUACUGUCUCAAUGUGAUGCGUGGGUGCCUGGCCAGCCUCUCAGAGCUCCACUCACCUUGGAAACAGUAUGUAGCCAUACUGCAGGAUCUCACACAUAUGGUUGCCGAAGCGCAUAAUCUGGAGCUUGCUUUGUUGAGGAUCAGACAUCACGUUGACGAGGCCAUACUCUAUGCUCAGCUGCACGGGCCCAGGCUCACUGCCACGGUGGAUAAGGUAUGUGGUCACUCUUCAAAUGCGUCAUCCACCACAGUCAGGACGUUUCCAUUUACUGCAGUCACACUUCCACCUACUAACAGCUCACAGGAUGUUCCAGGAGCCGAAAAGAUUGGAAUGUUGGCACAUCUUCACAGGGAGUUUAUGGGGUACAUCUCGCGAUAUAAGUCCUUCUUCUCCAUUCUUCCGGAGACGCUGUGUGAUGGAGAGAUAGGCGUAGACGAGCUCACAUGUUGGAGCGGAGACGAUGUUGUGAAAAGUUAUGAAGGAAGAGUGGUGGGAAAUGGAGUCCGUGCUCAAAGGCAGAAUCCAGAAGUGAGGGUCAGAGGUGCUGAACCUGUGCUUAUGGAGGUCAAAGACAGACUUGAGCAGUUCAACCAGGAGAUCCAAGAGGUCAUGCCAGGUGUGGGGUACAUUGAAUUCUGGGACGAUGAUACAGGCAGUGGGGCAGAAACCAGUGGCGACUGUGAUGAUGAGGAUGGUUGUGAAGGCUCUGGAGAAUCUGUGUCCACACCCGCUCUGAAAGAAUAUGAUAUAUCCAAAAAAAUGAUGGAGGUUCCUUUCCACAAGCCACCCAUCAUCCGGAGCAAACCUUCAUCUGGUGCUUCUCGUUCCAUGGCCAGCAUCAUCAUCAUCCUCACACUGGGGCUACAGUUGUUCUUCAUCUGAAAGGCCACAUACACACAGACACACACACACACACACACACACACACAGACACCGAUUACAUACACACAUGGCUAAAUCUCACGAAGAAAUGUGUGUAACAUAUUUCACCCCAAAAUCAAAAGAAAUUGUAUAAUGUUUUGUAUAAAGAAAAUGAACUCUAUUUUUAGACUGUUCAGAUGUAUUUAUUUUUAUUUAUUUUUUGUGCAUGUUAACAUUAUUUUUUAUUAUUUUCACAAAUUAAACUUGCCUUAACUACUGUAAUGCAGAGAGAAAAAAAUCAUUAUAUAACAGAUUUUUCACAUUAAGGCAGCUCACUGAGAUACAAUGUGCUGCAUCACCAUGGAAUUAAUGUCACAAUGCUAAAAACAAUGUCUUAAUGGUAUUACAAUAGCUCUUAUUUUCUUUGUGCAACAUAUAUAUAUAUAUAUAUAUAUAUAUAUAUAUAUAUAUAUAUAUAUUAUACCAUUUUUUUUGUUUGUUUUUUUGAUUUUGGGCUUGAAAUAUGAUUCAGAUAUAUUCUUCACAGUUUUUGUGAGAAUCACUUACACAGUGCCCCAGAAUUCACAUUUUAAGGUUGUUUCUUAUGUUCCCAGGCUUCUGUGACAGCCCCAUUUUUUGUGGAAGACUCCAGCAUAGAAACUCACAGUGUUCCCUGGGGUAUAAAUGUUAGCACUCUCUGCACAUUCAUAUUAUCAGAACAAAAUUGUUAUCACCACCGUCUUCGACUGAGGUAUGCAUGACGAAAUAACUGCAUCUGUGGAAACAUCGCUCAUGAGCAGUCAACAGAAAAGAAAAUAAAUAGAUACUGUCUGCACAAUCAGAAAGGGAUAUUACCAUCACUCACUCACACACACACAAACACACACAUACAGCAUUGUUUAUUGAAUGAAAUAGAACUAUAAAUUAUAUGCACAUUGUAGUAUGUAUAUAGUUUGGACUGCCGCUGAAUUUAUAGUCAACGAAUGUUUAAAUGAAGUAUCACACAACCUUUUUUUUAUCAGGUCUUACCAAAAUUCAUCCCAUUUGUACACUCACAGACAUGCAAUUAUGACUCAAAUCUUACGAAGUAUUGAACCAUCCAUUUAAUGGAAUAGUUCAUCCAAAAAUGAAAAUUCUCUCAUCUUUUACUCACCUCCAUGUUGUUCCAAACCUGUAUGACAUUCUUUCCUCAGUGGAACACAACAGGAGAUUUUAGGCAGAAUGUUAGCAGCAGUCACCAUUCAGUGCAUCUUUUUUUCCAUACGAUGAAAAUCAGUGGUGACUGAGGCUAACAUUCUGCCUAACAUCUCCUUUUUGGGUGAACUAGCCCUUUAAUACUUUAAAAGUAUUUGUUUAUACUCUGUUUACCACCCAAGAGCAAGAAAACUCACACAUUUAACUUAAGCAUUUAUUUAACAUAGUUUACCAUGUAGAGUACAUACUGUCAGUUUGAAUUUGAGCGAAUGACAUUUGAAAUUGCACUAAACUUACUUUAUUCAAGUAAAAUGAGCACCCCAAACAACACCCCCCCAAAAAAGUGUGGUACAGAUUUUACAUGAAUGUUCUGUAAUAUUUAAUGAAGAAAAAAAAAAGAAAAAAAAAGGGUUUAAAAGACCCACAGAUAUGCAGAAUGCCUUUCUUUUAUAUAAAAAUGAACUUAAAGCAAAGCAAUGCAAGAGGUUUAGAGAUACCAAAUAUUUUCUGUAAUAGCUUCUUUAGCAGUCUGUUUGUAGCAUCACAAGACACAUUUCUGUUGCGUAUUGUAUGUUAACAUUUAAGAGUCAGUAUUAAAACAUUGCUACAGUUCUUAUACAGAAGCAAAGAACAUCUAAUGAGUCUAUAAACAUUUUUGUUUUUAUUUUAAGCUGUUUUCUAUGUUUUUUGUUGUUGUUCCUGAUUGCACAUAAUUUCCUAUAUUUGAUUUAUUUCUGUCAUAUCUGUCUGAAAUAGGUUCUACAGUGUUUUUAUAUUAAUGAUAACACAUCUUCAUACAUUCUUAAACAUUUGCAAUUCAACCAUUCAGCCUCAUAAAGAUGCGAAUUUAGAAGGGGGAAGAAAUAAAAAAGAAUUCAAUUUUAGUGAAUUUAAAAGUAAUUCCCUAAUAUACAGUAGGGAAAGGAAUUCAAAACAAAUGUUGGGGGAGUAAUUUUAAAGUACUAAACAGUUAAAUAUAUUACAUUUGUUAAAGAAAUAUAACAGUUUUCAAACAACAUUUUAGUAACCACAAAAGUUAGACCACAGUAAUGUAUGCGCUCGCUAACAAAAGUUGCCUUCACCGGAAGAUGUACCCAUAGCAACACUAUGCUGCUCGCUUUGUUAAAAUCAAUAUCGGAGGCAAAACAUAAAUCCUGUAAUUAUUUGUCACUUUAUGAUAGUUUUACAUAUCUGAAGUACUGUAUAUCACACAAAAAACUUCUGUUCUGUUCUCUUCUAUUUAAAAAGCUUGUUUAACUGACAAAGUUCAACAAGUUGUGCCUCAAAAAGUACUUAAAAAAUUGAUACCCCCAAAAGACAUUGUAUACUGUAAUUCGCACACUGGACAAACACCCCACAAUUAUGGAAACGUAAAUAAUUUUUUUGUUUAUUUUUAUUUUUAUUUUUUUAUUUGUAUUUUUUUUGAUGCAUUACAACUCGUUUCUUUUGAUGGUUGUAAAAUGAACUGGGAUUACUUUUUGUUUGCUGUGUUUUGUUUGUUUGAUCGUUGUUUUGUUGAUACAGUUGAACACUUACAAGCUCAGUUCAUGAAGCUACUGAAGUCUUGUCAGAUAUACACAGUGCAUAUAAGAAUUUGUAAACUUUUCAUGAUGGAAUUAAAAUUAUAAAUCUCCACUGUUGGUUAAACUUAAAAAAUAAAAAAUAUCCAACUUUGG